CGGGCUGGAGGAGGCUCUCGUGCCACCAACCCCGAGGCGGCGCCCUGAGCAGCCGGACGAAACUAGAGCGCGAGCAUUUGUUGACGAUUCGGAGCAGCCAGUGGUCAUGUGAGCACCGACAGCCAUUGUGGGUAUUUAUCCCAGCAGCGACGAGCGGCUUAAACUCCGUACUCGAGCACUCGAUCUGUGUGUGUGUGUGGAUAUUGCCACAUCAGCAUCAUUGCCUGUGUCGACUUAGCGCAAGUGUCCUCGCUGAAAGCUGCGUGAAGUGUACAUCUGAUGCUCAUUCCGUAACUCAACGGCAAUGAGUUCAUUGCGUGCGGAGGCAUUUAUCGGUUAACAGGAUACAUCUGCCACGGUUGGUAACGUGGAUCUGUGACAAUGUCCAGCCGGUACCCAAAACAAGCCAAGGAUAUUCAUUUGACAUCGGUGGAUUCCAUUAGUCAUCUGAAGACUUAAACAAAUCAGUUGACUGCCGUCUUAUAAACAACAUCGCGCUGUAUGGUUAUUGCAGACAUAUCCAAGAUCGAAAAGAGCUGAACUUGCACGGCUGCCGACAUGGACUACACCUAGAGCCGUGACUUAAUGCCUCUUCACUCGUGAUGAACACAUGAGAUCGCAGUGGCUUUGGAAAGAAGAAAAUGAAGAAGUCAUAGAAAACGAAGAUCCCACGAGGUUCACAACUUAAUUAGCAACAACGGCAAACAUCAACGCUGUGGUGUCCGAAUCGGACAGAAGAUCGAUCUCGUGGUUGUCCUUGGCUGGCACCGCCACCGUGACUUGCGACCCGCGCGGACAUGAGCAGCAGCGACCAGAGUGGGCCUCUCUCGGAGGGGCACGCGAAGUGCCGCGCGUGGAGCCGCGGGGCCGAGGGCGCCGUCUUCCAGCUGGCCUCCGUCUGCAUGCUGCUGGGCGCCACGGGCGGCUCGGGCCUCGCGGGCCGCCUCUACUCGUACGGCCUCUUGGGCGCCGCGUUCCUCUGCCUCGUCGUCUGGGCCUGGCUCGACGCUUGCGCCAUCGACGCAUUCGGGUGGAACUUCUUGCUGCUCGCGGCGUGCCUCGGCCAGGUGUUCUAUCUCGCAUACCAACUGAGACCGGCGCAGUUGGACCAAGCCUUUGAAGAACUUUACACGAGCAUCUUUCAGCCUCUCCAGGUACCACGAGAAGCCUUCCGCAGGGUCAUGGCGUGCAGCGCCCAAGAGGUUCUGCUUCUCAAGCCCCACCACCUCUACGCCAUGGAGGGCAUCACACCCAUCGACAGGCUCUCCAUACUCCUGGCUGGCAGGAUAAGGGUGACUGUGGAAGGCCACUUUCUGCACUUCAUCCAUCCCUACCAGUUCCUGGAUGCCCCAGAAUGGGAGUCCCUGAGGCCGUCCGAAGAUGGGAAGUUCCAGGUGACGCUGACGGCCGACACGGCGUGCCGCUUCGUGUCGUGGCGCCGCAGGGAGCUGUACCUGCUGCUGGCGAGCGACCGCUACGCGGCGCGCCUCUUCUCGCUGCUCGUGGCCCACGACGUCGCCGAGAAGCUCUACCUGCUCAACGGGCGCCUCGGCGGCCCGCGGGGGGCCUCCCGCUUGGACGUGCGGCUGCCCGGCCUCGGCCGCGACGCCGGCGACGCCGACGGCCGCGCGAGCGUCGCUCCGGCGAGCCGCGUGCGGCGCGAGAACCCCGACGGCGGUGGCGGCGGCGGCGCGGGGGACGAGCCGCGAGCGACAAAUGUCGGCGACACGACCCGGGCUGAGCCGCGGAGGGAGGGCGGCCCCCACGCGAGACCCGCGCGCGGGGCCUCCUGGGUCUGGCCGCCUCCUCCACGGCGCUGCCCCGUGGCCGGCGCGGCGUCUGUGGACGCGCAGGGGCCCGCCGCUCACCGCGGGGCCAUGGCGACCUCCUCCUCCUCCUCGACGUCGCCCAACGCCACGUCGGGCGACGAGGGCGAGCCGUGCGUGGCGUGGAUGGAGGUGCAGCACUUGACCUUCCACGUCGCCAACGCCUGCUUCUUGCUGGCCCUCCUCGUGCCCGGCACCGUCUUCCUGCACAUGGUGCUGUUUCGGACGCUCCUGGUUGCAGGUUGCGCUCUGUUUAUCACGUGGGCGGCGUUGUACCGCUGCGCCGUUGACAUCGUGGUGUGGAAUUCAAUCUUGCUCACCAUAAACCUCGUGCACCUUGUCUACCUGCUCUACCGAAACCGCCCGGUGAAGGUGCACGGCGAGCUGAAGCGCGUCUACCGCCGCCUGUUCGAGCCGCUCAACGUGUCGCGUGAGCUCUUCCAGACGCUCACAGGACAGUUCUGCACCAUCAUGCGGCUGUCGGCGGGGCAGCCGUACAGCGUGGAGGAGAGCACCUCCACCGACGGUCGCCUCAGCAUCCUGCUCAAGGGCAAAAUGAGGGUGACCCAUCGCGACAACUUCCUGCACAACAUCUACCCCAACGCGUUCGUCGACUCGCCAGAGUUCCGCUCCACACAGCUGCACCGCGGAGAAAAGUUCCAGGUGACGAUCACUGCCGACGAAGACUGCGAGUUCCUGUGCUGGCAUCGGGAGAGGCUGACUUUCUACCUCGAGGUGGAGCCAUUCCUGAAGGAAGUGUUCAAAUACCUCAUCGGGAAGGACAUCACCAACAAGCUGUACUCCCUCAAUGACCCCACGCUCAACAUCAAGGCGGCGAAGUGCCUGGACCGGCAGCCGUCGCUGUGCUCCCAUCUGUCCCUGACGCAGGUCCGCAACAGCCUGGCCAGCUCGUCCGAGCCCGAGGAAGGCCUCGCCCAGCUCCGCUCAACCUCGUCCAAUGGGGGCGGCAUUCCCUCACACAUGCUGCCCAUUGAAGAAAUCGGGGAAGAUGAUGUUUUCCAGGACAGGUCAUGAAAAAAACCCACUUAACAUUGCAACCAACAUCCACCCACAGUGACCAGUGAAAUACAGACAUUGCUGUGGAAUUGACUCUGAACAGUGUUAAUGUACACACAGCAUAUAGAAACCCUGGCCAAUUACAAGCACGAAAUAAAGUAUCUAAAGUCUCAGGCUCUUUCAACUUGGAUGUAGCAAUACCCUUCAUGUUCCUAUGCCAACAGUUGGGAGCCUGCUAACUCGUCCUAUGGAGGCUCUCUGAUGCCGUCAUUUGCUGAAGCGGAGCGUCUGAUUGCACCAUACAUUGUGCGAACGGGGCCUGUAAUGGCAGCCAAAGUAUGUAUGACCUGUUACGUGUACAUUGUGUUCCCGGGCAAUCUACGUCUGGACUACCGCGUAGGGAUGCCGGUCGCGCCGAGUAAAUAUGUGUCCGGUGUAUUUGUGGUCGUGCCCCGUGUUGUUCGUCGGGACGUCCGACACGUCGCUGCAUGUGCUGGGAGCUCCUUCAGCAAGCUCAGGAAUGAGCUCUAAGCACGUGGGUGGUAAACGUCGGGCAUCUUUGCCGAACCAUGAUGCGUAUACAACCCUAAAACACAUUUUAAAUUUGUCUGUCUUUAAAGUAUGUAUUAUAUGUAUAUAAAACAUGUAUUCAAACAAAUGCAACAAUCCUCCAGUAUAAUUGUUCUUGAAGCACAUAGAUAAAAAAAGCACAAAUGUUUUAAGAGACACAACAUAUCAUUUAUUGCAGAUAGUUUUACAUCAAUCAUUCAAUCUCAGCCAACACUCAACGUCACCUCAAAAAGUCUUAUUUUCCCCCAUUAUUGCCAGACAUGGUGUACAGGUAGAGGCACAGUCCGGCAUUUGCUGCUCGUGCCACUGCUGGCAGAUGGGGCUCCACGAGAGGGGCUCUGGAGAGGAGAGCCCCUUUGAGGCGGGGGAGUAAUUUUGACUCCGCCACGCUGGGCAGAUAUCUUUGAAGAGGAUUCUGUGCACGAUAUAUAUAUAUAAAUAUAUAAACGUGAUGAACUUGUGACCAAUGUCGACCGCUAAACUUCUAAUAGGAUACUCGUACGUGUCGUUUAGGCUUGGCAGGACUAAGACGAUGUUUGUCAUGAGUGUUGUACCGCGACAUUGUCCACGACUGCUCUGACCGCUUUGGUGUUGUGUGUGCAUGUUGUAUACUCCCCACAGGAUUAUCAGAUAAAAGGCGUCGUUAUGGUCUCACAGGUCAGCAAUCUUUAAGACUCGAUGGUACAUUCCAUAACUAAAGGUUCAUCCUCUGUUCAUUGGGAUUUAGUUUUUGGUUUCUUAGUACGCCAAGCGAACGGAAUUUAAAAGAUUCCUUUUCUCGGAACAUGAAAAUGACUUUUUUUGAGGUGACUGCGAGUAUGCAGCUAUAUCUUCACAUCGCUCAGUGCCAUGAUACUACGACUCAGAUUUAUGUUCCAUUAGAAGUUAAGAUUACGUUUAAAAAUCACGUAUUACUUGUACACACUUUACGUCGGUAACGCUAAACACACGAACAUUCAUUAUGAACGAUCAAAGACAAUUGUCCGACGUUGUCACUUAAGUGUUUUACAGAAAUUCACUCAAUUUAAACCAACACGUCACCACAAUUUCUUGGCUGUCUGUUUUUCUUUUGUGUAACCAGUUUUCUGCGGGAAGACGUAAAGUCAAAUUGUGUAUACGCACACAAUAAAACACAUCCCACGA